AUGACUAUUAGUGAAGAUAUCACUCUUCCUAGUUUCAGAGCCCAAUACCUAGACGUUCUGCUUUCGGAAGCUGUUCGACCAACUUCAUUGGAAAGUUAUUUUGGGCAGGAUCAUCUACUUAAUUGCAGAAAUGGGUUGAUUAGAAACUAUAUAAGAUUGGGAUAUUUGCCAUCUAUGCUCCUUGUUGGUCCACCAGGUUACGGCAAAACAACUUUAGCAAGAAUCCUUCCAAUAGCAUGCGGGUACUCUCCAGAUUCAAUUUACGAGAUUUCGGCAACCACUUUAACUACUGAGUUUUUUAGACAACUAGUAUCGUUGAAGAAGGACCAACAACAAUCAAUCGUAUUCAUUGAUGAAAUUCAUCGUUUGACUAAACAGCAACAGGAAUGGCUCUUACCGUAUAUGGAAGAUGGUAGAAUUGUUUUGAUAGGCGCAACUACUAUUACAAGGCCCCAGAGGAGAAUACGAAAAGCAAUACUUUCACGGUGCCAGGUGUUUACCUUGAACAAAUUGACUUUUAACGAGUUCAAUGCCAUGUUGUGCUGGGCAAUAGGAUUUGAAAAUUUGAAAAGAAAGUACUUUUAUCGUUGCGGGAAGAUAUCGUUUGAUAGCAAAUGUUUGGAAAUGAUUAUCGAUCAUGCUAAUGGGGAUUCAAGGACAGCUAUCAAUUUUAUUGAGCUAGUUAGCCAGCUGUUUAAAAGUCAAGAGGAACCAAGUUUCAAUUUAUCGUGGAACGAUAUAAGUUCAUUUUGGGAAAACACCCUGCUGAGCAUGUCUGUCGACAUAAAUACAAGAAAAAAGCUUUACGAACAGUUAUGGGAAAGGAUGAAACUUUACUUUCUGCUACGCCAGGAGAGAAGCAAAAGUACAUUGGAUCAAAUUAGUUAUAAUGGCAAUAUUGAGGAGUAUGACUUGCAAAUGCAAGUCUCAGAUAAUAGUGAUAUUGACAGCGGAUACAGUAGCAAUGAUGAUGAUAACAACAAUAACAGUAAUAAUAAUAAUGAUGAUGAUGAUGCACUUGUGGCCUCAAUAUAUUAUGCAUUAUUGAUCCUUGAAACUGGUGUCUCUCCUAGACAACUAUUUAAACAGAUUUUAUUAUUUGCUUUUGAAAGCAAAGAGUUGUCACUUUUACCAUUGCGUGCGCUUUUAUCACUUUGCAAGAAAUACCAGUUUGAAACGGGUGAUAACAUUAACAAAGGUCUCUCUGAUAUUAUUGAGAUAAUCGGUAGUGCUCAGAUUGAAUAUGGUGGAGAAAUUGCUGAUCAUUUCCAUCUACUAUACAAUUACCACGAAGAAGUCAAGAAAAUGGAGGAGAAGAUGGAAAAACAACAACAACAACAACAACAACAACAAUUGACAGAAAACGACGUUGUUGUUGUUUCAUUUAGUGAGAACGAUAUCAGCGCUGUAGAAACAGAACCUAAAUUCGAAGUUGAUACUACAACUUUGCAUAUCACUUCUCCUGAAAUAAUCUUUGACAUCCCCCAACAACUCAGUUAA